AUGGCCGAAAAUACGGAACAAAUCGCGGUGGACGACUCGGAUCUCUGUUCGGUGGACUUUGAUUCUGGAAUCGAUCACCAGGACUAUCAGUCGGAAACCACUUCAAUCGCGUCUAAGAUCGCGAGGGGGCGGUUUGAAAACGGCCGACGAUAUCAGGCGACUAAAGAAGAUGACUACUGGGGUCCUUCAGACGAACAGCAGUUCGAGGCAUUUGAGCUUGGUCACAUAGUGUUUCUCGUGCUAGAUUAUCAUGAGGAGAAUCCUCUUUUCCGCGCUCCUAUAGGCGAGUCGCCUCAGAGUAUUCUGGACAUCGGAACUGGCCAAGGGAGUUGGGCAAUGGAUGUUGCCGAUCGCUAUCCAUCAGCUAUCGUCCGCGGCGUGGAUAUCUUCCCCCCACCAGUGUCAUGGACACCACCAAACUGCAUCUUCGAAGUGGAUGAUGUGCUCCUCGAGUGGACAUGGAAAGAGUCAUUCGAUUUGAUCCAUAUGCGCCUAAUGUAUGGCGCCUUCCCUCCCCACGGAUGGGACCAGGUAUACAAACAGGCCUACGACUCUCUCAAGCCUGGUGGCUGGAUAGAGCAGCUGGAAUUUGACGUGCGAGUCCGCAGCGAUGAUGGCACCUUGAAGGAAGAACACCAGCUAGCGGGAUGGGGCGACAUGUUUAUUAGAUGCGCCGAGCGAGCCGGACGGUCACUCAACAUCCAAGAAACGAUGCGCGGAUCAAUCGAGAAAGCCGGAUUCGUGGACGUCCAUGAGCGAAAGGCCAAGAUUCCUUUAGGAUCCUGGCCUAAGGACAAGUUCCUCAAGGAGGCUGGUCAGCUCCAGCAUGAUCAUUGGAACACUGCUCUAGAGGGUUGGGCUAUGUGGCUUCUCACUCAUUUUGGGGAGCCGAAGCCGUGGACACAGGAGGAGGUGCAGGUGUACCUGGCUACAGUGCGCAAGGAGCUGAAUGAUCCGCGCAUUCACGGCUAUAACUUCACGAGACGAGUAUGGGCACGAAAACCUUUCCAAGGGGAUUGA